AAGGCAGCCACCAUAGCCAUAACCACUUCCCUCCCCCGGACCGACCGCGCAUGAGGUUGCUAGAGAACAGAUCUUCCUCUCAUACGCCAUUGCGCCAUUGUCGCCCGCCCAUGAGCUAUGGCUGCUCCACACCAGUACCACCAACCGAAUGCGCCAGACGAGGACUCCGACCUUGAACUAGACUUGGAGGAGUUGGAUCCUCUAGCAUCUCGCUCACAGGCAGCCGCCACACCGCCGCCACGUAAUUCCAAAGACAAGAGGAGGCCAUACCACGAGCUGGGCGCAAGGAUACCGCUGAGGAACUUGAGAGUAGGCAGACUACGAGCAAGUAAGAAGAAGCAGGAGGCUGAAGAGGACGACUUGAGGGGCCUAUUAGACGACGAUGAAGGGCCAAAGAGGGACUCGGCUGGUAGUUAUGGUCAGUCUGGGGAGGACGACUCGCCCUUGCUACCGGCUCAGCGAACUGCCCAAAGACACCAACCGCCACAAAGUACCAUGUCAAGAUUAGGGUCGAGCAUGGGAAUACCGAGCUUCCUUUCACGGCACAGCAGCGCUGCUAUAAAACUCAACGAGGAUGGAGAGGAAGAUGCUGAAGAAGAGCAUGAUCCAACCACGCAACGGACCAUUUCUGUCGGCCAGCUUCAAACAUCAAGAUUCCCGGCAAAUGCGGUUUCGAAUGCAAAGUACACGCCCUGGAGUUUUCUUCCACGUACUUUGUACAACGAGUUCUCCUUUUUCAUCAAUAUGUAUUUCUUGCUUAUUGCCCUGUCGCAAGUCAUACCCGUAUUGCGAAUUGGUUACCUUUCGACCUACGUCGCCCCGCUAGCCUUUGUCAUAACCAUAACUUUGGGAAAGGAGGCUAUGGAUGACAUUGCCCGACGGCGAAGAGAUGCAGAAGCUAACUCCGAGGGCUACACAGUACUAAAGUUUGAGGAGAACAGUAAAGGAACUGGCGUCGCCCCAGGCAGAAGUUCACAAAGGCAGAAGUGCCUGAGGAAACAGAACAGGAAUGAAGGUCGCUUUUCAGAGAUUGAAGAUGAGGAACAGCGGCUCUCAGACAGGGGACUAGCAACCUGCACUUACUGGGAGGUUACAAAACCUUCUAGGAGCCUCAAAGUCGGCGACGUGGUCAAACUGGGAAAGGACCAAAGAGUACCUGCUGAUAUGGUGCUUCUGAAGAGCCAUUCCACCGAUAUCAGCGCUGCUACCCCAGCUGGCGCAAGUGCACAAAGCCCAUUGGUCCCGUUGAUCGAUAGUGACGAGCCUGAGGAUACGGCAAAAGCCGACAGCGUCGCAACGAGCGGGUCUUCAGGUGAAGCCUUUAUCAGAACCGAUCAAUUGGACGGUGAAACUGAUUGGAAACUGCGCCUUACGUCUCCACUGACACAAAAUCUGGAUGUUGGAGAGUAUACUCGACUUCAAGUUGUCGCUGGUAAACCAGACAAAAAGGUCAAUGAGUUCUAUGGAACUGUGGAGCUUCUGCCCAAGAGCCAGCGGCACUACGAUCCCCACGAUAGUGAGCAACCUUCCUCGUCUGAAGAAGUACAGUCGGCUCCUCUUAGCAUUGAUAACACCAUCUGGGCGAACACGGUCGUGGCGUCGAGCUGCAGUCUUCUCGCAGUAGUGGUAUAUACUGGACCUCAGACGCGUCAGGCGCUUUCAACUUCGCCUUCAAGAUCCAAAACUGGUCUACUGGAACUGGAGAUCAACUCGCUCACCAAAUGGCUAUGUAUAUUUACUCUCUCGCUAUCCUUUAUCCUCGUAGCGCUUGCACGGUUUCAAGAAAUCCAAGGUCGGCAAUGGUGGGCUUCCAUGCUACGAUUUCUCAUUCUGUUCUCGACCAUCGUCCCUGUGGGUUUGCGUGUUAAUCUUGACAUGGGAAAGUCAGUGUACGCAUGGUUUAUCCAGCACGACGAAAGCAUCAAAGGAACGAUUGUCCGCACUAGUACCAUUCCUGAAGAUUUGGGUCGGAUAGAAUAUCUUUUGAGUGACAAAACAGGAACUCUGACACAGAACGAGAUGAUUAUGAAAAAGAUCCAUGUCGGCACCGUAUCUUAUGCAAACGAGGCCAUGGACGAGGUAUCCUCGUAUGUGCGCCAGUGUUUUACACCUCCCGCUGGAGAAACCCCUUCGCUUGUCACACCCUCAUCCGCUUACAUCGCCCCUCUUACUUCUGCCACACGUACCCGUAGGGAAAUUGGAUCACGAGUCCGCGACGUUGUGCUGGCGCUGGCGCUUUGCCAUAAUGUAACACCAACGACAGAGGAAGAGAAUGGCGAAGAAGUGACUACCUACCAAGCAUCAUCUCCGGACGAAAUCGCCAUUGUACGUUGGACCGAGGCCGUUGGUUUAAAGCUCCUGUCUCGAGACCGCGAGUCCAUGACUCUCCUUUCAUGCGAUAGCGGAAAACAAGUCGUCAAAGUUCGCAUCUUGAAUGUUUUUCCAUUCACAUCGGAAGGCAAGCGCAUGGGUAUCGUCGUGAAGUUCUAUCACGGACCUGCAUCAUCACCGACUGACGAUGAUGGUGAGAUCUGGUUUUACCAAAAAGGCGCAGAUACCGUCAUGACGUCGAUUGUCGCCGCCAACGACUGGUUAGAUGAAGAGACGGCAAACAUGGCCCGUGAAGGACUCCGCACUCUAGUUGUGGGCCGCAAAAGGCUAUCGUCUCAAAUAUACCAGGAGUUCACCACCAAGUACGCGCAGGCCUCCCUUGCCCUCAGCAACCGUGACGCUUCCGUUGCUGGUGUUGUUAAAGAAUACCUCGAGCAUGACCUAGAACUCCUUGGCGUCACAGGUGUUGAGGACAAACUACAAAAGGAUGUCAAGCCUUCUCUCGAGCUCCUUCGCAACGCGGGUAUCAAGAUCUGGAUGUUGACUGGCGACAAGGUCGAAACGGCGCGUUGCGUAGCUGUCAGCUCCAAACUGGUAGCACGUGGGCAAUACGUGCACACAAUCGCCAAGCUGAAACGCAAAGACCUUGCAUCUUUGUCUCUCGACUUUCUCCGUGGGAAGCUUGAUUCCUGUCUGCUUAUUGACGGCGAGUCGCUUGCGCUCUUUCUGCAGCACUUUCGCCAGGAAUUUAUAAGUGUGGCUGUACAACUUCCCACUGUCGUCGCAUGCCGAUGCUCUCCCACGCAGAAAGCAGACGUCGCGCGCCUGAUUCGGGAGUUCACCAAGAAGCGCGUAUGCUGCAUCGGUGACGGCGGCAACGAUGUAUCCAUGAUCCAAGCUGCUGACGUCGGUGUUGGUAUUGUGGGCAAAGAAGGUCGCCAAGCCUCCCUUGCCGCCGACUUUUCGAUAGAGCAAUUCUGUUACCUGGUCAAACUGCUCGUCUGGCACGGCCGCAACUCGUACAAACGCUCUGCCAAACUCUCUCAGUUUGUCAUUCAUCGCGGGUUGAUCAUUUCCAUCUGCCAAACAGUCUUUUCGAUUGCCAGCAGCUUUGAGCCCAAUGCUUUGUACAAGGACUGGCUCUUGGUCGGCUAUUCGACCAUCUACACAAUGAUGCCGGUCUUUUCUCUUGUUCUGGACCGCGAUGUGGACGAGAGCGUCGCCAAUUUGUAUCCCGAACUAUAUGCCGAACUCAAGACAGGCCGGUCGCUAUCGUACAAGUCGUUCUUCAUCUGGGUCGCUGUGUCCAUCUACCAAGGCUCCAUUAUUCAAGGUUGCAGUCAGCUUCUUAUUGGUGUAGGACACGCGACAGGCGCAGGCGAGACUGCGGAUCCGACAUUUCUGAAGAUGGUGUCUGUUUCCUUCUCGGUGCUUAUUGUCAACGAAUUGAUCAUGGUAGCCAUGGAAGUUACAACGUGGCAUUGGAUCAUGAUUGCGAGCAUUGUGGGAACAGCAGGUAUCUACUUUGGCUCUGUGCCGUUUCUAGACGAGUAUUUUGAUCUCGUGUAUGUGGGCAGCAUGGCGUUCUGGUGGAGAUUUGCGGUCAUUGCAGCAAUCAGUUUGUUGCCGCCGUAUGCGGUCAAGCUGCUCAGGAGGACGUUGAAGCCGCCUAGUUACCGCAAGGUACAAGGUGUUUAAGGGGGAAGAGGCACGUAGGCAUGUUGUUUUUGCAUAGCGAUAGUGUUUUGUUUAAACGUGAAAGGGAAGCGUUUUCUAUCCCUCAUUCC